UAAAGUAUACUACUAGUAUAGUCAGCAGGGAGUCGUCAACAAACAAGCAGUGGAUUAGUUCUAGAGUAGAGGUUAGCGCGAGGGCUUCGCGUAGAGCAGUCGAAGCUAGCUGUCUUCACUAGCUUUUAGCAAGAGUCCAUAACCGCCGUGGCUUUAGUGAUCCGUGGAGAGCACUUGAGCUCGUUGCGUUUGCCACUCUUGACUUCUGUAGAACACUACAAGCUGGCAGCAAGCGACUCACAGCUUCCGCACGAUAGUGCAGACUGAUGAGAAUUAUAGUCUCGCCUAGCCUAACGCUCCACGGGCAGUAACUGAUCAAGUGCAGUGACAAUCCGUUGUUUUUCAUUUCGCGAAAUAGCACUCAAGGCUCAUGCUGCAGUACGCCCUUUGCUCGAGAUCGACUCUCGUAUCAAACCAGAGUUAUGCCAGCCGACAUCUGCUGUGAGCGAUCAACGCCUAUUGCAAGGACUGGGCCCUGCACAGCGGCUUCAUGAAUCCGUUCAGACUGUUGAGCCAGUUACGUAACGCACUGUUACGCAGACGCGUGCUUGUGGCGCUGAUCGUGGUGGUGGUGCUAACCUACAUGUUCGUCCUGGAUCUGAAGUUUGUGGGCAAGCUUCUCGCGCGACAACCGUCAGUUGCCCCGCGAUCGCCGCCGGCUGAGUUUAUAUGGCGUACCCCUCGCCGCUUGAAAGGUAUCGACCUGCCAGCAGAGUCUUGCAACCACACUAGCCAGGGUCCGACAAUGACGGUUGAUGAUCAAGGUGUGGUGUGUCCAAUGCGCUAUCUCCAACCCGGCGGCUGUUGUCCGCGGCAACACAACAGCAGUGUACAGCACACGUGUAUAUCCUGCAUGCCUACAACACACUGCUGCAGUCGAUGGGAGUACUGUGUGUCCUGCUGCCUACGGCCUCAACAGAAAGUCAGCGUACGUAGCAUGGUGCAGCGAUUGCGUGCGGCACUCUCACCGCUCUACCUGGCUGUCCACGAGCAGUUUGAGUUCUGCACGUCCAAGUGCCGCACUUCAUCCCAGAGCGUGCGUCAUGAGAACACGUACCGUGACCCGAUGUUCAAGCACUGCUAUGGACUGCAGCUGCCGCAGCUUGUUCGGCCACUCCGCUGACAUGCUCUACUGCAGCUGCCGCAGCUUGUUCGGCCACUCCGCUGAUAUGCUCUACUGCAGCUGCCGCAGCUUGUUCGACCACUCCGCUGAUAUGCUCUACUCCAGUACUGCUAUGGGCUGCAGCUGCCGCAGCUUGUUCGACCACUCCGCUGAUAUGCUCUACUCCAGUACUGCUAUGGGCUGCCGCAGCUUGUUCGACCACUCCGCUGAUAUGCUCUACUCCAGUACUGCUAUGGGCUGCAGCUGCCGCAGCUUGUUCGGCCACUCCGCUGACAUGCUCUACUGCAGCUGCGGCAGCUUGUUCGGCCACUCCGCUGACAUGCUCUACUGCAGCUGCGGCAGCUUGUUCGGCCACUCCGCUGACAUGCUCUACUGCAGCUGCGGCAGCUUGUUCGGCCACUCCGCUGACAUGCUCUACUGCAGCUGCGGCAGCUUGUUCGGCCACUCCGCUGACAUGCUCUACUGCAGCUGCGGCAGCUUGUUCGGCCACUCCGCUGACAUGCUCUACUGCAGCUGCCGCAGCUUGUUCGGCCACUCCGCUGACGUGCUCUACUCCACAACAGUACUACCAUCACCACCUUGAACUGCAGCUUUGCAUUGUCGUGCUCUGCUACAUGAUGUGCCGUUGUGAGUGCUCGUUCAACUGACCUCGCAGCUUGUUCGGGCAUGGUGUUGGCACGCUCUACUCCACAACAGCUCUAGUGCUGCCACCUUGAAGUACAGCCGUGCUCUGCUACACGAUGUGCUGUUGUGAGCGUUCACUCGACUGACCUCGCAGCUUGUUCGUGCACGUUUGUUGAUACAUUGUACUCUACUGCUACUGCUGCUACUACUGCCAAGUUACCACCUUCGGCUUCAGCCUUGCACUAUCAUGCUCUGCUACACGAUGUGCCCUGGUGAGUGCUCACUCGAUUGGCCUCGCAGCGCUGUGCAAUGGACUGCGUCACGCUCCGCUGCACCAUUCGUACGACAUCACGAACUGACGCGCAGGGCCAGGACGGCGUCGCUACGUUACACGACGGAGUUGCCGCACGCACGAUGGCUUCCUCCGUCCGAUGCUCUACGCAUGCCGACGAUUAUCCGUAGCGUUGACUUAUGUUGCUCUCCUGGCGAGGCUGGCACUGUUUGCUCUGGCACAUCGUGCAAUUGUAUAGUGCAGCUGACAGCUGACAUGAGCCACUCGACCAGCCGCUACUUGACCGUAGCGUCAGUUGUGCGGUGUUAGUAUCGCCCGCAAACGUAGUGUAUAACAAAGGGUGACUGCUACGUCGCUUCCAGCUCCGCGGACGGUGGCUGGGAUGGACCGCUCUCUCUCUCCUCUCUCUCUCUCUCUCUCUCUCUCUCUCUCUCCCCCCCCCCCCCCCGUCAGUCGUUGUUUGGCCAGUGUGUCACACUGACCCAGCCAUGUGUGGUGGAUAUACCCACGGUUGAAUGCGACGGACGUAUCCACUACUGCUAAUCUGCACCUCAACGUGAGAGAGAGAGAGAGCAAAUGCCGAAGAGGAGAUUCGAGGUGUUGAAGUAUCCUACCGACAUACCGAUGAUGACAAUGCCGGAGCCCGAACUGGUGGAUAACUAUGGAUAAUUUUGCAAUGGGCAAGACAUCCUUCUCUUCGUGCACUGAGCUCACCAGUCACACAGUGCGGAGGCUGCAGAGUCAGAUUGACGUGUCGCGAGCGCUUUCUUACUUCUGUGAAGCGUUCCGCUGUCGUGUUUGUCGUGUUCAGGACGUCCACCGUGUACCAGCAGCUCAUGUUGCCCCUCAAGCAUCUAGUGUGUGUGUGGGUGGGUGUGCGUGUAGACAUUACACUGCCGGAUGGCUGGCUUGUGUCUUGAAGACUUGAUUAUAACAAGAGUACAUCGUCAUUGUAAUCUUGAACGCUCAUGCCUGAACCAUAACCAUGCUUGACUCUCACGUGAUCAUUGGUUUAGCUUGCACUAGCUCUGCCGGCCUGCUAGUAGAUAUUCCCCUUCCCGAGCAUGUCGACCCAUGUCGGAGCUCAGGACGUGUUAACUUUUCAGCAGUACAACAUUUUGUCUACUGUGAACCUCGUCGACAAACUUUCGCUUUAGAUGAACUGCCGUAGUAUUCAUAGCUCUAUUGGAUAUAUCACUGUGUAUUCACUAAUUUAAACUUUCUAUGAAGUAAUAAUUAUGGAUAGAAGAAGAACUCCCGUCAUUGGGAACUGAUAAAA